AUGUCUUCCCCAAGCAAGCGCCGGGAAAUGGAUUUGAUGAAGCUGAUGAUGACCGACUACAAGGUGGAGACGAUCAAUGACAGCAUGCAAGAGUUCCAUGUGGAAUUCCAUGGACCCAAAGAAAGUCCUUACCAGGGAGGUGUUUGGAAGGUAAGGGUUGAACUCCCGGAUGCCUAUCCAUAUAAAUCUCCAUCCAUUGGUUUCGUAAAUAAAAUCUACCAUCCAAAUGUUGAUGAAAUGUCUGGAUCUGUCUGCUUAGAUGUUAUCAAUCAGACGUGGAGUCCCAUGUUUGACCUAGUAAACGUUUUUGAAGUUUUUCUUCCGCAACUUCUUUUGUACCCAAAUGCAUCUGAUCCUCUGAAUGGAGAGGCUGCAGCUUUAAUGAUGCGUGAUCGCAGUGCAUAUGAGCAAAAAGUCAAAGAGUAUUGCGAAAAAUAUGCGAAACCUGAGGAUGCAGGGGUUGGGGCAGAUGAAAAAUCGAGCGAUGAGGAACUAACUGAGGACGAAAGUGCUUCCAGUGACGAGGAACUUGCUGGAAAAGCCGAUCCAUAA